AUGAACGAAUACUUAUCUAGCGUUUAUUAUGAUCCUAAACGAUCUGGAGGGUUUGGUGGAGUGGAUCGUUUAUAUAAAGACGUUAAAAAAGAAGGAAAAUUUAGAAUAAGCCGUAAGAAAAUCAAGCAAUGGUUAAUGGAACAGGACACAUACACUUUACAUAAACCUGUUCGUCGUAAUUUUAAACGAGGUCGCGUAAUUACGGGUAAUAUUGAUCAGUUUUGGCAGAUGGAUUUGGCAGAUUUACAAUCCCUACAGAAAUUUAAUGAUGGAUAUCGAUAUCUUCUCGUAUGUAUUGAUGUCCUCUCCAAAUACGCCUGGGUGAUUCCGUUGAAAAAUAAACAGGAGGAAGCUUUCAAACUUCUCUCUGGACGUAAACCUGAAAAAAUUAUGACUGACCAAGGAACGGAGUUUUUAAACAGACAUUUUCGAGGCUUGAUGAAAGAAGAAGAUAUCCAGUUGUACAAUACGUAUAACGAGACCAAAGCAUCAAUCGUAGAACGCUUGAUUCGUACUUUGAAAACAAAAAUGUGGCGGUAUUUUACAGCAAAGAAAACCAUGAGAUACAUUGCCAUGUUGCCAGAUUUAGUUUAUUCUUACAAUCAUAGUGUUCAUCGUAGCAUUAAGAUGAAGCCUGCGGAUGUUAGCAUUGAAAAUGAAAAGAAAGUAUGGCAUACUUUGUAUGACGAUCAUAAUGUUGGAAAAAAUGUAAAGUACAAAUUUAACAUUGGUGAUCAAGUUAGAAUUAGCAAAUUAAAACGAAAGUUUGAGAAAGGUUACUUACCAAAUUUUUCCAAAGAAAUAUUUACUAUAAGUAAGCAAAUUCCUCGCGAUCCUCCGGUAUAUAAGCUAAAAGAUUAUGACGAUGAGGAACUCGAUGGAACGUUCUAUGAUAAGGAAUUGCAAAAGGUCGUCAAACGUGACGACGUGUACGAAGUCGAAAAGAUUCUUAAGAAACGUGGGAGGGGUGAUAAUAUACAAUACUUUGUAAAAUGGUUAGGGUACCCGAACAAGUUUAAUUCAUGGGUACCCGCUUCAGAAAUAAAUAAAAACCUUUAA